GUUGAGAUCUGACCUGAGCCGAAGUUGGAGGCUUAACCGACUGAGCCACCCAGGUGCCCCAGUUCUGCUUUAUUCUUAAGGACUUGGGUUGACAGAGAGGUGAGAGAUGCCAACUCUGAUAAAAGAUAUCAUUGGAGGAAUCACAGGUACCACCCAGGGCAAUGUUCUCUCUGUUGUCUGUACAGCGCAGUUACCCAAACCCAACAUCACAAGCAACAAGUCGGACCCCGUGGAGAACGUGGACUCUGUAGUAUUAACGUGUGAACCUAAGACUGAGAACACAAGCUACCUGUGGUCAGUAAACAGUAAGAGCCUCCCGGACAGCAGCAGGCUUGAGCUGUCCCUGGACAACAGGACCCUCACUUUACAUGGGGUCAUAAGGAAGGACACAGGACCCUAUGAGUGUGAAACUUGGAACCCAGUCAGUGCCGGUCGUAGUGACCCAUUCACCCUGAAUGUUCUCUAUGGCCCGGACGCCCCCACCAUUUCCUCCUCAGACUCCUAUUACCAUCCAGGGGCAAACCUCAGUCUCUCCUGCCACUCAGCCUCUAACCCGCCUGCACAGUAUUUUUGGCUUGUCAAUGGGAAGCUCCAGCAAUCCACACAGGAGCUCUUUAUCCCCAACAUCACUGUCACGAGGUCUGUGGGCGCAUGA